AUGCGCAUUGUCUCGUGGAACAUCAACGGCAUCCGGUCACUGCUGGAGGCGCCCGGGGAGCUGUUUGCCCCGGCGCAAGCGGCCCAGGGCCGGCCGGUACUUGGUCGCCUGGCCCCGGAGGAGGCCUGCCGUGCGGUGGCCGACACGCUGGCCCGCGCCGGCGGCCUGGCCGACGCCCAGGCCACCCCCUUUGACCAGAUCCUUUAUCGUUUGGGCGGAGGGCCACGGUGUGGCGCCGGGUGUCCCUGCGCCGAGCCGGGCGAGGCCGCGAAUCCGGACAUUGGCCCGGGGUUUUACGACUUGCCGGACAUCGUGUGCUUGCAGGAGACCCGCGUCCAGCGGGACACCUUGCCGGAGGCCGCCUGCCGGGUCGGGCUCUAUGAUGGGUACUUUGCAUUUGUGCACGCCACCGGCAGGGGCGGCUACUCCGGUGUGGCGACGCUGGUCCGGCGGCCGGCUGGCCGGGCGGCCUGCAGCAAGCUGCCCUGCCCCCGCGAGGGGGUCUGGUCCGUGAGCGAGGCCAUGUCCAGCCUGCUGGAGCCCACCGAGGCCGAGAGCACUGCCGCCCUGGCUGCCGGGCACUCGGUGGAUGAUUGGCGCGUGGCUCUUGCCCACGAGGCCGGUCUCCAGCCGGGGCGCCUUCGCACCCUGGACAGCGAGGGCCGAGCGGUGCUGACGAUGCACGGGCGGCCGGGCGGUGCUGACGGCACCAGCGACUCGCGCUUUCUCCUCGUCAAUGUGUACAUCCCCCAUGCGGAUGACUCGCUGCAGGUGGACGCGUCCGCCGGCGAUGCGUCCGAGCUGGAGCGCCUCCUCUUUAAGCUGGACUUCUUGUGCCUGCUACGCGCGCGGCUGGAUCGUAUGUGCAUCGCCGCUGGCCCGGCCCAAACGACUGGCCCCUUGACUGACCCGACCUUGUUGGCGUUCCAGAUUUUCGGCGGCUUCUUCGCCAACCAGUCCGGCAUGCUGGUCUGGCUGCGCUGGCUGCAGUACAUCUCCCCGCACAAGUGGAGCUUCCAGGCGCUGAUGGUCAAUGAGUUCCGCGACCGGGUGAUCACUUGCACGCCGGAGGAAAUGAUCAUGACCCCAAGCGGCCCCAUCUGCCCGGUGACCACCGGCGAGGAUCUCCUCCGGAAUUUCGGCUUUGAUCCCUCCCUGCGGGCGAUGUGGAAGUCCGUUUGGAUGUUGGCCAUCUUGUUCGUCGGGAUUCGCAUCCUUGGCUGGCUGAUGUUCGAGUUCCAGUCUUGGCGCACCACCGCCCGCCGGUCCCGCAAGCUCACCAACCUUGUCGGUCCUCCUGAGCCGUUGUCCGGUGGCGCCUCGGGCGAUGGUGGCGCCCCCGCCGUCAGUGCCGCUUCCGGUACUUGUGCUGCUGCUGCUGCUGCUGCUGCUGUUGAUGAUGGUGAUGGUGACGGCGACCACCAUACUCAGGCCGCCUGCACGAGCGAUGACACGGCCACCGUGCCAGACAAUGCCGGCGCCCUGGACCAGGGGACCGGCGCCUCGAGCGGUGACAUCGACAGGUCGAUCAGCACGGCUGAGCCCACUGAGCCUGGCCAGGCAGCGCAGCCUGCCAUCUGCGACGUCUUCGCAAGCCACCCCCUUGCCGGCAACUCGGCCAGUCCGUUCCUGGUGGACUCCUUCCGGCAUUUCUUCCCCGAAAGCCCGGCCGAGUACACCUGCUGGGACAUGCGUGCGCUGGCACGCCGCCAAGGGUCCUCCCUGGCCAAUGGCCCCGGCUCACGGAUUGACUAUAUCCUCACCGAUCGGAGUAUGGUGCCGGGCAUGGCCGGCAGCCACCCAUGGCGCUUGGCGCAGGCGAUCCAAUGCCCGCGAAACCACCCGCGUGUGAGCGACCACGCGGCCGUGGUGGUGGACUUCGCCUGGGCCGACGACCAUUGUCCCCGGGUGGAGGCCAGGGCUUUGGCCGAGCGGGCAUCGGCCGCCGGGACUUACUCCCCGCCAGGGCCCUGCUCCCGGCACUAUCCGCCGAUCGGGCACGACCCGCAACAGAAGUCCAUUGCCUCUUUCUUCGCGGCGCCGAGCGCAUCCGGCCCCCCUUGCCCGGACGAGGCAGCAUCGGUGGGACCCCCUGGGCCUGGCCCGGGUGUGACGCCGGCCGCGCGGCCGACCGGCCUGGGCAGCCGGCCGGGCCCGGUCCCCGGGCCGAGACCCGCGCGCCGGAUGCCAGCUCGACCGGGCCCGACCGGCAAGGCGCGCCCCCCGGCCGGCGCAUCGCGAGCGAUCUCGUCCUUCUUCGCGGCCGCGCCGAAAUGACCCCCCCCCCCCCCCUGGGC